GGCGCGGCCGUCCGCCGCGAGCCCGCCACCGACGAGCCGCCGCUGGCCUCCGGGGACGCGUCGACCUCCACGAACUUAUCCAUCGAGCUGGACCGGUCCCGCGUCUCCGGCUCAGAGAUAAAUACUUUCUUGGAAGAUCCAGAAUUUGCUGAUAUUGUAUUGAGAGCAGAGCAAGCAAUAGAAAAUGGAAUUUUCCCAGAAAGAAUCUCUCAAGGGUCAAGUGGAAGUUACUUUGUGAAGGAUUCUAAAAGGCAUAUUAUUGGUGUGUUUAAACCCAAAUCAGAAGAACCUUACGGCCAGCUGAACCCAAAGUGGACCAAGUAUGUCCAUAAGGUUUGCUGUCCCUGCUGCUUUGGCAGAGGCUGCCUGCUUCCUAACCAGGGGUACCUCUCUGAAGCUGGUGCCUACCUGGUAGAUGUAAAGCUUCAGCUGGGCAUUGUACCUAAAACGAAGGUGGUUUGGCUUGUCAGUGAGACAUUUAACUACAGUGCAAUUGACCGUGCAAAAUCAAGAGGCAAAAAGUAUGCCUUAGAGAUAGUGCCAAAAGUAGGUAGAAAGUUUCAUCGAAUAGGACUUCCUCCUAAGAUUGGUUCCUUUCAGCUGUUUGUGGAAGAUUACAAGGAGGCUGAGUAUUGGCUUAGGAAGUUUGAAGCUGAGCCUCUGCCUGAAAACAUUAGAAAGCAAUUUCAGUCACAGUUUGAAAGAUUAGUGAUUUUGGAUUACAUCAUCAGAAAUACAGACAGAGGAAAUGAUAAUUGGCUAAUCAAAUAUGAAAAGUCAAAGAAAAUUAAAAGUAAGGACUCAAACUGGAUUGAUGAUAAAGAAUUGCUUAUUAAAAUAGCUGCAAUUGAUAAUGGGCUAGCAUUUCCCUUUAAACAUCCUGAUGAAUGGAGAGCAUACCCGUUUCACUGGGCUUGGCUUCCUCAAGCCAAAGUUCCUUUUUCUGAAGAAACCCGAAACUUGAUUCUACCCUAUAUCUCUGACAUGAACUUUGUACAAGAUUUGUGUGAAGAUCUUUAUGAACUCUUCAAGACUGACAAAGGAUUUGACAGAGCUGCUUUUGAAAGUCAGAUGUCUGUGAUGAGAGGCCAGAUCUUAAAUCUCACUCAGGCACUGAGAGGUGGCAAGAGUCCGGUGCAGCUGGUGCAGAUGCCGUGCGUGAUCGUGGAGUGCAGUAAGACUGGCGGCCAGGGACGGGUUGUACACCUCGGCAGUUCCUUCACCCAGACGGUCCACUGCAGGAAGCCAUUCUUCUCAUCAUGGUAGCAGAUGUAAGGGGAACAGUUGUGUGGUGUUACUGUGCUGAUAAAAUAUUACACUGAUGUAAAUCUGCUGCUGAGAGCACUAGUUGCCAAAACCUCAAAUAAUUCGUCUUUAAAUAUAUACAAAAUAAUACUAUACUUUGAAUGUAAUCUAAAGUUUACGAUUUUUUGUCCAAAUAUUAAAUUUCUAUUUCAGGGAAGAAGUGAUAUAUCUCCUAUAUUGUAUUUUUAUAGAAAAAUGUAUUUUGUUUUUAUUACUUUAAAAAGUAAUUUUGUGGUUUACACAUGCUAGCAUGACUAUAAUUGGUUCAUAGAAUUCCAAUUAGAAGAGAAAGAUAGUACCGUAACAUAUUAUAUACUUUUUAAGUAUGAGAAGACUCUUCUUCCAUUCAUUCCAAAAGGUCUUUGAGGGUGGCCAAGCUGGAAACUGCUCUUGUAGACUCUUAACAGAGCAGUCAGUAGGGACGCAGUAAGAAUGAAGCUUCAUUUGAAAGCUGCUGUUUUAAAACUGGAGUACGUGCCCAAAGGUGGCCAUUGCUGGGCCCUGACAGACAGGCGGCCGUAUUAUUCUUGUACUUUGAUAUAUUUGCUAGUGAACUAUUCUGUCGUAGUGAGGGAGAAAAAUCUAAGGACAUCUCCCCUCCUUUUUAAAAAAGGAGAUAACUGAGAGUUAAAUGAAAUAAUGUGAAAUUAAGGUAGAUCUCUAGUAUUUUAAAAUUACAACAUUGCCUUUAAAAAAUUCCCUUUUUUUUCUCAUAUGGGAUCAAAUAAUUGAAAAGUAGUACUUCAGAAUACUAUCUUAAUCAGUUUAGUACUUCAGUUAGUGUUGAACAUCCCUGCAAAGUAAACCAUACCCUGAAGUGUAUACUGAAUUUCAAUUGGGGGCCAGGGUCAGAAAGCCUUGGCAACAGUAGACUCAUCUGAAUUAGAAAGGAAGGUAACUCGGACCAUUCACACUGAUUUAAACCUUUGUUCUUCAUUGCAUCUUGAGCAUCUGUGUGCUCUUUGGAUUUUGUUUAGUCACCAAGGCAUGUACCUGGAAAUGAGCCCAAAAGGAAAACGUGACUACAGAAAAGAAAGCAUUGGUGUCUUGCUUCAGGCUCAAAACCUUUCAUUUGUAAAUUGAUUGUCUUAGGAUUUUUAAUGAGCUAUUCUUGUAUGAAAAGUGUAUCUAGGUGGUUAAAUUAGCAAAUUCAGAGUCCUCUUCACAUCUUUAGUCUCGGGAAGUGAUGAGUGAGCGCACCACUGCCCGAGUGGUCAGUUGGAAGCCUGUGUCCUCCUACCUCUUCCGACCUUCCAUUAGCUCAGGUUUGAGGUAAUGGAAACUUGAGUGGAAUAUCAAAUUAGGGCACCACCUGUUAGUCAUUAAAAUGUGCCUUUCUAAGAUGUCGUGUGCAAGACAUGGCAUAGUUGCCUGUGCUGUGGUAUGGCUUUCACAAAAUGAUUUUUUUUUCAGUUUUUUUUCAGUUUUGAGAAUUGCUAUAUUAAUUUUUAUAACAAAGAACUUAGUAAAUUGCUACUGUUUUAUAGUCUAAAAUUAAUAGUUCAACAAUAUUUUUAAAUGUCUGACCAUGUUAGAAGUGUCGAGAUAUUUAAAGAUUACAAGUGAAAGUAGUUAGGCUGUGUUUUGUAAACAUUCAUGAACUUAAUUGUUAUUUAAAUAUGGGAUUUUUUAAAUGAGUAUAUUUAUAUUGUCAAAUAUGAUAAGCAAAAGGAAUAAAAAUCAUUGUCUUGAGGCUA